UCCACGCGUUUCUGCAUUCGUAGUUACACAGCGACUUGAGAUAGAAACCUACAAGCAAUACUCGACACCCUGAACACGUGAUAAUUACUUACAACUGUGGACUUCACAAAGUAUAUUUUAACAUUAUGGAGGAUUCUCAAGUUGUGGACUUAAACGUUGGUGGUCGACAUCUGACAACCUCCCUGUCCACCCUCACCAAGUACCCGGACUCCAUGUUGGCCACCAUGUUUAGUGGAAGGCACCCGGUAGCCAAGGACAAAGAUGGCCGCUACUUCAUAGAUGUAGAUGGGGAUGUGUUUGUUCAUAUCCUCAACUUUCUGAGAUUCGGGAAAAUGCCUCCACCCGAAAGAGCAUCACAGGUUAAUGAAUAUGCGGAGUACUUUGGAUUAGAGGAACUGAAGGCACCUGUCCUCGAAGACUUUGAACAAGUGCUUUACGGAAUAUGUAAAAAGAAGCUACCUGACUACCAAAGUCUUUGGGAUUGUGUGAAAAGUAAAUUGAACGAUAUCAACACAAGUUACUUUUACAUUCGCACAAGAAGUUUUGAUUGUCAACACUUAGGGAUUACAGAAACAGUUUUCCCAUGCAAUUAUGACACCAUUGGUUUAGAAUUCGACCCAAACCCAUCUAUCUUUUUCAAUCUUCUUGCAGUCGACCUGAAAAGACGUAAUAUCUUCACCGACUCUUGUCUGAGGGUAUGCCCGGUAUGUGGUCGUAAAGCAGCAAUGGGAUUCAGAAUUGGACGAUGAUCCAAAUUGUCACACAUUGAGUCGACAGAUAAUUUUGAUGAAAGGAAUGUGAAUCCACCGUGGCAUGGGUGGAGAGCUCUGUUGCCUGCUGCUGUGAUUUUGAAGCGCUGGGUCAUUGGUUAAUGUUCGUCUGUAUGUAUGUAUGCCUAGUUUGGGAAUGUUUGGAAAUGUUGGAGAAAUGCACACACUUACAUCAGUGUCCACACCCGCAUACAAUCUUGCAGGUGUGUUAUGUCAUGUGGCAGGAGGUAGCGACACACAAACAAAUUAAUAACUUUUCAUGUGUACACAUGUAUUUGUGUUAAUUUGGACAGUUUACAAUUUCAAACCUUAUUUCAAACGUUAGAAAUGAAAACGAAACAUUUCCCUUAGACUUCCCCGUACAGAAAUAUAUAGGGAAUUGUACAACAUGUUUGAUGCAGGUUUGGCAUAUGAGAUAAGAUUGGCACCCUGAUGUUUGAAAUACCAAGAGAAAUACAAGCCGAAUCAAUAACUUUUGUCACUUUAUUUCCUUCCAUGACCAUGUACAGGCAUCAAUGCACCAUCAAACUUUAAGAAUACAUUGGAAAUAUAUGGACAUAUAGCUUCUAGUAAUUUGAUCUCUGCAUACGCUCGGUAUCCAUGCAUAGUCUGUAAACAAAGACUGAACUCGUUAGGCAGGACAAAGAAUGCUCAGUACACUCCCGACAAGGCAGUUGCUGUAAACAAAUAUGCAAACAUUUUCGGCAUUAGCCUUUUGCUUGCUAAACAUUUACAAUGGGGACCAGUCUUUGCGCAGGCUUUGAGAGACAAGUGGAAACGUGGAAUAGCUGGGUAUGACGACUGCCUAAAUCAGGUGCGGGAAGGCCUGAUGGCAAGUCGGUAUCACAGUGGUGUCUUGUACAUCCAGUUCUCGGAUUCUUCUCAACACAUGUUCACUCUGUGCAAGGUGGCUGGUAUUCCUGAGGUCAUCAACUUCCAAUACUGCUACUCCACAACGGAUGGGAGCAAUCUUGUCCAUUUCCUCAAUGAGGAUCUGAAGCGUAUCGGUGUCCACCUUCAGCCGGGGGACUUCCGACCAGAACCAAAGUGCGGUUGUCGCGUGGCGUUGCGGUACAUGAUAAAACAUGAGUAACUGAUGUACCCAUAUUGUCACAUUGUGUGGUUUGGUGCGAUUA